GUCAAACCCACAAACGUCAAUGACCUGUGGUUUAUUUGCAGACUGGGAUCCGCCCUGAGACCAGAGCACAGUUACUGGUUCUGCUUCCUGUCGUCUCCUCGACUCUCUGCAGCUGAAUGAUGCACAACAAAGGGAAUUCCUGUGAACUGAGCAAUGGCGCCGUACUCGACUGUUUCAUCUGCUCAUCGUCUUCUCACUCAACAGCAGCUUCAGAUCUGAGCUGCUGCUCCUUCGAGGAUUACAAGCUGACCACCGAGUGGCUCCUGAACCACACAAGUCUCCGUCCCAAGGUGGCGGUGAUCUGCAGCUCGGGCCUGGGCCUCCUGGCUGAGGGAGCCGCCAACAAACAGACCUUCAGGUACCAGGACAUCCCCAACUUCCCCGUGAGCACAGUCGCGGGUCACGAGGGCUGCCUGGUGUUCGGGACGAUCGAGGACACGCCCUGUGUUUUCAUGCAAGGUCACUUCCACCUGUACGAAGGUUACACGCUCUGUCAGGUGACUUUUCCUGUGAGGAUCUUCAAGUUAAUGGGGGUGGAGUCAGUGUUGGUGACGAACGCAUCAGGUGGAAUCUGUCCAGACUUUAAAGUCGGUGACAUCAUGAUCAUCAAAGACCACAUCAACCUGCCGGGAUUCGCUGGACAACAUCCGCUGUGUGGACCGAAUGAUGAGCGUUUUGGGAUCAGGUUUCCGUGCAUGUCGGACGCGUACAGUAAGGAUCUGAGGCGUCUGGUGUUGGACGUGAGCUCGGAGCUCGGCUGCCGGGACUUCAUCAGAGAGGGAGUUUACUGCAUGGUGAGCGGACCCAACUUUGAAACCAUCGCUGAGGCCAGGAUGCUGCGGGUCCUGGGCUGUGACUCUGUGGGAAUGAGUACAGUUCCCGAAGUGACCGUAGCUAAACACUGUGGACUCAGAGUUCUUGGUCUGUCGCUUAUCACCAACAAGGUGUCUCUGGACUACAGUCGGGAGGAGAAGGUGAACCACGACGAGGUUCUUGAGAUCAGUAAAAUGAGGGCGGCGCUUCUGCAGAAACUCGUCUUCACACUGAUCUGUCGUUUCCAGCAGCAAAGCAUCAACACGCACUGAAAGACGCGUCAUAACAGUCUCCCAUUGGUUAAUCACCACAUCAGUUUAUCACUUCAUCCCUUCAUCAGGUCCUCAGCAGCCAGAACCAGCCUGUGGCAGACCUCUGUGACACUGAGGUGGAAACCAAAACCAUGAUGAUCAGCUGGUUUCACCUUGAACAUCUCAAUCAUCCACCUCACAUCCAAUCAGGGACUCUGCUAAGACCACCCCAGGGCCUAACCCUAACAUCACACAAUCUAUCUCCAUCUAUUAAUCAAACUCGUAAUUGAUUCUAUAGUAGAAUCAAAAUUAGAUUUGACCACAUCAUCUAUAUUUGGUGGUUGAUGACCUAAUAUGUAAACUGAUUAUCAACAUUAAACUGAAAGACAGAUUACAUCUCUCUUUGGAGUUUAGUGGCAUUAUAGAAGAGUUGGAGUAAUUUUCUUUGUAGCCUGAAAAGUCACCAACAUUUUGAAUUACUGCUAGGCUGGAUUUCUCCAGGUGACUGAAAAAUAAUAAGGUCAUCAUAUAUCGCAAUAUGCUGAUCAACUUGACCUAUGGUUAUACCAGCUAUGGCAAGAGGCUCAAUGGCCAUUAUAAACAGCAGUGGAGAUAAAUGGCCUUGACGGGAUUCUCUAAGGAUCUUAAUUGGUUCAAUUAAGUCAGGUCGUUAAGCCCCCCCCGCUGGAAGCAGCGGCCACAUUUAAAGGAACCAAAACAUUCAGUAAAGAAAAUUCCAAAACAUUGAAUCAUUACCAAUUUCAAAAAUUGUAUACAAAAUGAGUAAACUGAAGGGCUUUUGGUUAAAUCAACUUUAUUACAUCCACAAGGAAACAGACCACAACAUUAAUUCAGUUUGAUGAAUUUUAGAUUUUGUAAAUGACAUGAAAUUCAAAUUAAAUUUAUUCAUUCUAAUGAAUUUAAAAGAAAA